AUGAACCUGAAAGAGGACGAUGCAUUAGUGCAGCUUCAGAAACAGCAAAAGGCGGAUGAGUGGUUGACGCUUGAUCUUAAGUCCGUUUAUGAUGUCACGAGUUCUACCGAGAUUGAGAAAUUUAGAAUCCGUGCAAAGGUCACUGCUAUUGAUACUGAUUGGGGAUGGUAUUACUUUGGUUGCGUUAAAUGUCAACAUCGGGUUUUCAAAGACUUGAAAAAGGAGUCUUCCACCAGACCACGACCAGUAGUUCCUAUUUGGUAUUGUGAUAACUGCAAGACAAAUAUCAAAGCGGUUUCACCAAAAUUCAAGCUACAUUUAAUCAUUGAAGAUGAUUCUGGUGAGACUAAGAUAAUGCUCAUGGAUUCUGUUGCUAACGGGAUGGUCAACAAGACAGCUGCAUUCCUACUUAAUGGUUCUACUGAUGAGAUUCAAGACCCGGAACUUCUUCCUGAUUCCAUAAAAGAUUUGGUUGGGAACACUUUCGAUUUCUUGGUGGGUGUAGAGAAGGAGCACAUCAUGUAUGGAAAUGACACCUACAAGGCUCACAAAGCCUCUGUUGUGAAGAGCAAUGGGAUGACACCAUCUCCUAAGCGCAGUAUUGAAGACAGCAAUAUCAGAAGUGAGCUCUCUUCCACUUCAAAGAAACAGUGCACCAAGCUCAUCAACCUAGAAGACGAAAGCAAUGGUGUUGAUGUGAAGACGUUGACCGAGUAG